AUGUCUUUGAACAAAAGUUUAACUAACAAGCACCAUAUACAGGACUUACGCUACAACGUACCUGUUGUUGGACUUGGAACGCAAACUUUUUAUUUGGUUCACUCCUCGGCACUCAUCUCUAUAGUAUGUAGUUUUGUAUCGGUAGUUGUUACUCUUGUGUUAUCAUUCCGUUCUAAAUCUGCACGUACAUUUUUCAAAUCAUGGACAAAGUGUGAGCGUUUUGUAGUAUAUUUGGCUGUGUGCGAUGGGUUUUUCAACCUUAUUCACUUUAUGGAUCACUUUCAUAUGGCGCUAGCUGAAGACCAUGUUCAUCCAAUAGAACUGUGCGAAUACUAUGGCUUCAUCAUGUUCAUGUUUAUUUCCGCCCAAAUGUUACUAGUUUCUCUAAUUGCUAUAAACGCCUUUGCCCUAAUUAAGUUUGGUAAGAAGAUAGACCUUGGAAAGUAUGACUGGAAACUUCUAUCACUUACAUUUGGAUUUCCUUUUGUGGAAUGUCUAGGUAUAACCAUUGCACAUGAAAUGGGACCGACUGGCGUAUCUUGCGGAGUUGCAGGGGAAAUUUCACUUUUGUUUUUAUCUACUAUCCCAGUAUUGACUGUUUUGACACUAAACAGCAGUCUUUACUCACUCACGUGGUACAAGAUUCGGGCAGAAACAAAGAAACUGGCAGCUACUAUUGGUAACAAAGACGACAGAAAAGCUCUACAGUCCGCCAGGACGAUGUCUCUCUUUGUCUUUGUUUUCAUCAUUCAGUGGUGGGCAGCAGCAGUCUAUGGAACUUGGAAACAGUUUAAUGACAAUGUUCCUCUCGGAAUUAUUGUUCCUGCUGUGACAUUCUCUAAUAUAGGGGGCAUAUUAAAUGGAAUCGUUUUCUUAAUCAUGCGAAGAAAUAGGCAACGCCAAAUUAUACCAAAGACAACGGUUAUAACAGUCAAGAGCAGAAAAACAUGAACAAAUAUUUUUU